GAGCCUACUAAGGGGAAGGAAUCCCCCACAGUAUCAGAGAAGUCCUUGUAAAGAAGUUCGUGCAGCACUUCGGAAGAGGCCUGAAGAGGAGUGAGCCCGCUACAUGAAAAAAAUGCAAGUCAAAGUGGUCACAACCUAGAAGUCUGCAGAGACAGGAAUAACUAGCAAUGCAUUGCCUGGAGAUGACCACCAAACGGAAACUCAUCGGCCGUCUGGUGCCGUGCCGAUGUUUCCGAGGUGAAGAAGAAAUCAUCUCAGUUUUAGAUUACUCCCACUGCAGCCUUCAGCAGGUGCCAAAAGAAGUCUUUAACUUUGAACGGACAUUAGAGGAGCUUUAUCUAGAUGCCAAUCAAAUUGAAGAGCUACCCAAGCAAUUGUUCAACUGUCAAGCUCUACGAAAACUAAGUAUUCCUGACAAUGACCUUUCAAGUCUGCCAACCACCAUUGCUAGUUUAGUUAACCUUAAAGAACUCGACAUCAGUAAAAAUGGUGUACAAGAUUUUCCAGAGAGCAUAAAGUGCUGUAAGUGUUUAACAAUUAUUGAAGCCAGUGUCAAUCCCAUUUCUAAACUACCUGAUGGCUUCACACAGCUUCUAAACCUGACCCAGCUCUAUCUGAAUGACGCCUUUCUGGAAUUUCUUCCAGCCAAUUUUGGAAGACUUGUCAAAUUACGGAUCUUGGAGUUAAGAGAAAAUCACCUGAAAACUCUACCAAAGUCAAUGCACAAACUGGCCCAGCUGGAAAGACUUGACCUAGGAAAUAAUGAAUUCAGUGAGCUGCCUGAAGUUCUGGAUCAAAUACAAAAUUUAAGGGAGUUGUGGAUGGAUAAUAACGCAUUGCAAGUGCUACCUGGGUCUAUAGGGAAGUUAAAGAUGUUGGUGUACCUGGAUAUGUCAAAAAACAGGAUAGAAACAGUGGACAUGGACAUUUCCGGAUGUGAAGCCCUUGAGGACCUCUUACUGUCAUCCAAUAUGUUGCAACAGUUGCCGGACUCUAUAGGACUGUUGAAAAAACUAACUACUCUGAAAGUGGACGACAAUCAACUUACAAUGUUACCCAAUACAAUUGGAAAUUUAUCUUUAUUAGAAGAAUUUGACUGUAGCUGUAAUGAACUGGAGUCACUACCUCCUACUGUUGGCUACCUUCAUAGUCUUCGAACAUUAGCAGUCGAUGAGAAUUUUCUUCCAGAAUUACCCAGAGAAAUUGGUAGCUGUAAGAAUGUAACAGUUAUGUCUCUACGCUCCAAUAAACUGGAAUUUCUUCCUGAAGAGAUUGGACAGAUGCAGAAACUAAGAGUCUUAAAUUUGAGUGACAACAGGUUGAAGAAUUUACCAUUCUCAUUUACCAAACUUAAGGAGCUUGCAGCUUUGUGGCUUUCUGACAAUCAGUCCAAAGCCCUUAUCCCUUUACAAACUGAAGCCCAUCCAGAAACAAAGCAAAGAGUAUUGACUAACUACAUGUUUCCCCAGCAACCUCGUGGCGAUGAAGACGAUAAUGCUGGGAAAGUUAAGGAUCACUCCUGCCAAGCCCCCUGGGAAAGGGGCCAGCGUGGGAUUACUCUCCAACCUGCCAGGCUGUCUGGCGAUUGCUGCACACCAUGGGCCAGGUGUGAUCAGCAGAUCCAAGAUAUGCCCGUCCCCCAGAAUGACCCACAGCUGGCAUGGGGUUGUAUAAGUGGCCUCCAGCAGGAAAGGAGCAUGUGCACUCCAUUGCCAGUUGCAGCACAAUCCACCACUCUUCCCUCUCUAAGUGGCAGACAGGUUGAAAUAAAUCUAAAACGAUAUCCAACUCCUUACCCAGAGGAUUUAAAGAAUAUGGUAAAAUCUGUUCAAAAUCUGGUGGGUAAGCCAAGCCAUGGAGUGCGUAUUGAGAAUUCAAAUCCAACUGCUAACACGGAGCAAACUGUGAAAGAAAAAUAUGAACACAAGUGGCCUGUAGCCCCAAAGGAGAUUACAAUGGAGGAUUCUUUUGUUCAUCCAGCUAAUGAUAUGAGGAUUGGGGAGCUUCACCCUUCAUUAGCUGAGACCCCUCUGUACCCACCCAAACUUGUUCUGCUAGGGAAGGACAAAAAAGAAUCAACUGAUGAGUCUGAAGUUGACAAAACUCACUGUCUGAAUAACAGUGUUUCCUCAGGCACUUACUCAGACUACUCGCCCUCCCAGGCUUCCUCAGGAUCCUCUAACGCCCGGGUUAAAGUGGGGUCCUUGCAGACAACAGCUAAAGAUGCAGUACAUAGUUCUUUGUGGGGUAACAGGAUUACACAGUCUUUCCCACAGCCUCUUGAUUCAAAGCCAUUACUCAGCCAGCGGGAGGCUGUUCCCCCAGGGAAUCUACCACAGCGCCCUGACCGGCUGCCAAUGAGUGACACCUUCACUGACAACUGGACUGAUGGCUCACAUUAUGAUAACACAGGGUUUGUUGGCGAGGAAACCACAGGCGAGAAUGCCAGCAGCAACCCUCUCUUAGGUUCCAAAUCUAGAAACCCACCUGCUCAUGGACGCAGGCCUUUGAUCAGGCAGGACAGGAUUGUCGGCGUUCCCCUGGAGCUGGAGCAGUCUGCAAACAGACACACGCCGGAAACAGAAGUGCCUCCUUCCAAUCCUUGGCAGAACUGGACCAGGACCCCUAGCCCUUUUGAAGACAGGACCGCUUUCCCUUCCAAGUUAGAGACCACCCCCACCACCAGCCCAUUGCCUGAAAGGAAAGAACAUAUGAAAGACUCCGUUGACAUACCCAGUCCUUUUUCUCCAGGACUACCAUGGGAGUACCACGAUUCCAAUCCCAACAGGAGUCUUGGCAACGUCUUCUCGCAAAUCCACUGCCGUCCGGAAUCUUCUAAAGGCAUUCCCAUCAGCAAAAGCACAGAGAGGCUGUCCCCACUCAUGAAAGACAUCAAGUCCAACAAAUUCAAAAAGUCACAGAGCAUCGAUGAAAUUGACAUCGGCACCUACAAGGUUUAUAACAUCCCGCUGGAAAACUAUGCUUCUGGAAGCGAUCACUUAGGGAGCCACGAGCGGCCGGAUAAGCUGUUGGGGCCCGAGCACGGCAUGUCCAGCAUGUCUCGCAGCCAGUCGGUCCCGAUGCUGGACGACGAGAUGCUCACGUAUGGAGGCAGUAAAGGGCCCCAACCACAGAAAGCGUCCAUGACCAAGAAAGUCUACCAGUUCGACCAAAGCUUCAAUCCCCAAGGAGCCGUGGAAGUGAAAGCCGACAAGAGGAUGCCGCCCCCUUUCCAACACAACUCCGAGUACAUGCAGCCGCCCGGCAAGAGCCUCGCCAAGGAUCUCAUCAGUCCGAGAGCUUACAGAGGCUACCCGCCCAUGGAGCAGAUGUUCUCCUUCUCCCAGCCAUCUGUCAAUGAGGAUGCGGUGGUGAACGCCCAGUUCGCCAGCCAAGGGGCCAGGGCGGGCUUCUUGCGAAGAGCCGACUCCCUGGUGAGCGCCACAGAAAUGGCCAUGUUUAGAAGGGUCAGUGAACCGCACGAGCUGCCUCCGAGCGAUCGGUACGGCAGACCUCCGUAUAGGGGCGGUCUGGAUCGCCAAAGCAGCGUUUCCGUGACUGAGCCCCAGUUCCUGAAAAGGAAUGGCAGGUAUGAAGACGAACACCCUUCAUAUCAAGAAGUAAAAGCUCAGGCGGGAAGUUUUCCGGUUAAAAACCUUACCCAGAGGAGGCCAUUGUCUGCAAGAAGCUACAGUACAGAGAGUUACGGUGCCUCCCAAACCAGACCAGUUUCAGCUAGGCCUACUAUGGCAGCUCUUUUGGAAAAAAUACCAUCUGACUAUAACUUGGGUAACUAUGGUGACAAGCCAUCAGAUAACAGUGAUAUAAAGACGAGGCCCACUCCUGUGAAGGGAGAGGAGAGCUGUGGUAAAAUGCCUGCAGACUGGAGACAACAGCUGCUUAGACAUAUAGAAGCUAGAAGGUUAGACAGGAACGCUGCUUACAAACACAACACAGUUAACCUUGGCAUGCUGCCCUAUGGAGGUAUUUCAGCAAUGCAUGCAGGCAGAAGCAUGACUUUAAACUUGCAGACUAAGUCUAAAUUUGAUCUACAAGAACUACCUCUUCAGAAAACCCCGUCCCAGCAAAGCAACAUUUUAGACAAUGGACAAGAAGAUGUAUCUCCUAGUGGCCAAUGGAAUCCUUAUCCUCUUGGGAGGCGGGAUGUACCUCCGGACACCAUUACUAAAAAGGCAGGCAGCCAUAUCCAGACCUUGAUGGGGUCCCAAAGCCUUCAGCAUCGUAGCCGGGAGCAGCAGCCAUAUGAGGGAAAUAUUAACAAAGUGACCAUCCAGCAGUUCCAGUCACCAUUGCCUAUUCAGAUCCCCUCUUCACAGGCCACCCGGGGACCUCAGCCUGGACGGUGCUUAAUUCAAACUAAAGGGCAAAGGAGUAUGGAUGGCUAUCCAGAGCAGUUUUGUGUGCGAAUAGAAAAGAAUCCUGGCCUUGGAUUUAGCAUCAGUGGUGGAAUUAGCGGACAAGGAAAUCCAUUUAAACCUUCUGACAAGGGUAUCUUUGUUACUAGGGUUCAGCCUGAUGGGCCAGCAUCCAACCUGCUGCAGCCAGGCGAUAAGAUCCUUCAGGCAAAUGGACAUAGUUUUGUACAUAUGGAACAUGAAAAAGCUGUAUUACUACUGAAGAGUUUCCAGAACACAGUAGACCUAGUUAUUCAACGUGAGCUUACUGUCUGAAUAUUUUUUAUAAAUAGUGAAGAUAACGUCUAGCCAGACCUAAUGUUCAAAAAUAAAUUUAUACAUAGAGACAAAUUUUGCCAAUUGCUGGACCAAUGGCAAACAUUAGUGCCAAAUGUAUAAUACUAUAUGUUAGCACUGAUCAUCCUUACAAAUGUUAACUAUAUAAAUAUGAUGUUCAUGUGGUUAUGUAUUAGUUUUAAUUGUCAGCCUCUGGCUGUGCAUUGGUGCAGUUUUUUUUGUUGUUGUUGGUUUGUUUUUUUAACCAAAUAAGUUUCUUCUCAAAGUGGAUUUCAUAUGAUUUCGGAAGCACGGAAGCACACACAAGCUCUUUACAAAUUCUGCUCUCCAUCAGAAACACUGCCUCAAUGUUGUAUCUGCCUUU